AUGGAUGGAAACAGAAGAUACUCAAAGCAACAUAAUUUAAUUGAAGGGGAAGGACAUAGAGUUGGGUUUACAAGCUUAAUGUCAAUGCUUAAAUACUGCUAUGAAUUGGGAGUAAAGUAUGUUACCAUUUACGCCUUUAGCAUAGAAAACUUCAAACGAAGCCCUGAAGAAGUCCAAUCUUUAAUGGACUUAAUGGAGGAAAAGAUCAAAGGGUUGAUAAACGAAGAGAGCAUAGUUAACCAAUAUGGUGUUAGGGUUUAUUUCAUUGGAAACCUUAAACUUUUAAGCAAACCCGUUAGGUUAGCAGCCGAAAGAGCAAUGGAUGCAACUGGUAAAAACUCAAGGGCGGUUUUGUCAAUUUGUAUUGCUUAUACUUCAACCGAUGAAAUCUUCCAUGCUGUUCUAGAAUCUUGUGAAGAAAAACGGGAUAAAAAAGAUGAAAAGAGUGUGAUUGAUGUGACAGAUAUUGAGAGACAUAUGUAUAUGGGAGUGACACCUGACCCUGAUAUUAUAAUACGUACAUCUGGCGAGACCCGUUUGAGUAAUUUUCUUUUGUGGCAAAGUGGUGAUUGUUUGUUGUAUUCGCCGCCUGUUUUGUGGCCGGAGAUUGGCUUCCGGCAUCUUGUUCAGGCGGUUUUGGACUUCCAAAAGCAUUUCUGUUAUAUAAAUAAUCAAAAGAAGAUAGGGAGUGAAGUAUAG